CCACGGUCGAGCUUCCCGUAAACCCUAAUCCCUCCUGAAUCCCUCCCCGCCUCCAUCUCGCGCUCGAUUCGAAUCCGAGCCCCCUCGCUUGCUGCUGCUGCUGCUGCAAUGGAGGACACAGCUGUCGAGGAGGCCGAGGUGAGCGGCGCCGCAGAGUUCGCGCCGGCGCUUAUCGCCGCCCACCCCCACGGAAACUCCGUCGCCGUCGCCAUCGGGCCCGAGCUCCGCGUGUUUGAUCUCAAGGCUGGUUCUCCCGUUUUGUUGUCAGAUGAUUGUGACGGCCGUUCUCAUUCAGACGCUAUAAGAGCUAUUUGCUUUAGUGUGAGUGGUGCUUUAUUUGCAUCCGCUGGUGAUGACAAACUUGUGAAGGUUUGGAAGACUGAUUCAUGCCGCUGCAUCCGGACUAUAACAUCGGAGAAGAGGGUCAGUGCAGUUGCUAUUAGCAAUGACGACCUGUAUGUAACUUUUGCAGAUAAAUUCGGUGUUGUUUGGUUAGUCACUUUGGGGGAGGAUGGUACAGAGCAGGUUUCAGUUGAUAACAAACCUGUGUCAAUUCUUGGUCACUACUGUAGUAUCAUCACUAGUAUGAAGUUUUCGCCAGAUGGGAGGUUCAUUGCUACUGCUGAUAGGGACUUCAAAAUACGAGUCACAUCAUUCCCAAAGAAUCCUCUAAAGGGGGCCCACGAAAUACAGAGCUUUUGCCUUGGACAUACAGACUUUGUGUCAUGCAUUGCCUUCAUAAGCAUGUCUGAAAAUCAGAGCUUUCUUAUAUCAGGAGGAGGUGAUUCAACUGUUCGCCUGUGGGACUACAUAAAUGGAUGUCUCCUUGAUACAUGCCAAGUCAGAGACAAGAUGGGAGAACUCUUGGAACCAAAUGAAACGGAUGAUAGCAGUCUAGCCAUUGCAGAUAUAUGUCCGAGUAAUGAUGGCUCGUUGGUUGCUGUAGCUAUUCAAAGUUUCACUGGCGUAAUGCUUUUAGCAUGUGAUGUAGUAGAAAAGAAGUUAUCUUUCCUAAAGGUGAUUACAAUGGAAAAGAGCUAUAUUCCUACUAGCUUAGCAUCCAGCUUCUCAUCAGAACUCCUAUGGACUGUCAUGGGCGCAUCAAACAUGCCCAACCAGGCUUCUUCCCAGUUAUUAACCCGUUUAAGGAUCGUUCCUUGCUUCCAAAAGGAUCUAAUAUCAUCCAAUAACAGUCCUGCAAUCCUUGAAGAUAGUGAAGUACCGCACGGUGAGAAGUUCCUUCUGGCGCUGCAAGGAAGCCUCGACAUUGUAAAGCAAGAGGAGGUCUUAGCUUCAGUUCUGGCUGCGCUGAAGGUUUCUAUGCAUAAGAUGCUGGUGAAGAAGCACUACUCGGAAGAGAGGAGGGAGCAGAGGAAAAGGGGCAGGAACGACAAGAAGAUCAGGAACUAGCUCAAUUUCUGUUUUUUCAAGAUCCAACAAAACAAUAGAAAAGUUCCCGUGUUAUGCCGUGCUGCACCAUUGCUAGUUUGAAACACAGGAAUUGAAUUAACAACUGUAAGAGUAAAUUUAUCAGUGGCUUUCUUACUAUGUACUAGCGUAGCAGUAAUUUGAUGCUGAUCGCA